AUCAGGCUCCGGAGGGAGCCGAACGCGGGCGCCCGAGAGAAGCAGCAGCGCCGCCACCACAAGGCCAUGGCGUGUCCCAGAGAUGCUGCCGCCCCCGCCGCGACCCGGAAACGCUGCUCCGCCGCCCUUUCCCCCGCGGGCAGCUAUGCUGCCUGUUGAUACUAUUCCAGAAAACUCAAUUCGUAAAGUACGAGACUGCAUUUUUUCAGUAGCCUACCCUACUCCUUUUAUAUCCAGAGUUCUUCUUGUAGCAGUUUCAAAGGAUGUUCUGGAAGGUAUUUUGGACCUUGAUGUAUCUGUCAAAGAAACAGAUGAUUUUCUCCAGCUUGUCAGUGGUGGGAAAGUGGUUUUAGGAUCUAUUCCUCUGGCCCAUAGGUAUGGAGGCCAUCAGUUUGGUAGUUGGGCAGGUCAGCUGGGUGAUGGAAGAGCCCACUUGCUUGGAGUGUAUACAAACAGGUAUGGUGAGAGAUGGGAAUUACAGUUGAAAGGUUCAGGAAAAACUCCAUAUUCAAGAAAUGGUGAUGGAAGAGCUGUGCUUCGCUCCUCUGUGCGAGAAUUUUUGUGCAGUGAGGCCAUGCACUACCUUGGAAUUCCUACAAGCAGAGCAGCUAGCUUAGUUGUAAGUAAUGAUGAUGUGUGGAGAGACCAGUUUUACAAUGGGAGUGUUAAAAAAGAAAGAGGUGCAAUAGUCCUGCGUGUUGCCCAAUCGUGGUUUCGUAUAGGUUCCUUGGAAAUUUUAGCUCAUUCUGGGGAACUGGACUUGCAAAGGACACUGCUAGACUUUGUCAUACGAGAACAUUUCCCAUCAGUAAACAUGAAUGAUUCAAAUAGAUAUUUGGACUUUUUCUCUAGAGUGGUAUUGGAGACUGCAAAUCUGAUUGCAUUGUGGAUGUCAGUGGGCUUUGCUCAUGGUGUGUGCAAUACAGAUAACUUCAGUUUGUUAUCCAUAACAAUAGAUUAUGGUCCAUUUGGUUUUAUGGAGUCCUAUGAUCCAAAUUUUGUUCCAAACACAUCUGAUGAUGAAAGGAGGUAUAAAAUAGGAAACCAAGCAAAUGUUGGGAUGUUUAAUCUGAACAAGCUGUUACAAGCUCUAAAACCUGUAUUGGAUCGCAGACAAAAGCAGCUUGCUUUCCAGAUUCUGGAGGGAUACUCUGAGCAUUAUUAUACGCGUUUUACAGAACUAUUUAGAGCAAAAUUGGGUCUCCUUGGGGAGAGUGAGGAUGAUAACUAUUUGAUUGCAUUUCUCCUAAAACUCAUGGAAGAUACAAAGGCUGAUUUUACAAUGGCAUUUCGGCAUCUCAGUGAGAUUACUCAAGACCAGCUAAAAGAGCUCCGUAUUCCUCAGGAAUUCUGGGCUCUGCAGGACCUUGCUAAACACAAGUUCUUUUCAGACUGGAUUACUAUAUACCUCUUGAGAUUAGGACGUAACAGGGGUGAUUCAGACAGUACAAGAAGAAAAAGAAUGACAGCUGUCAAUCCUAGAUAUAUACUUAGGAAUUGGAUGGCAGAAUCAGCAAUACAAAAAGCUAAAAUGAAUGACUUUUCAGAGAUUCAUCUCCUGCAGGAAGUUUUACAACAUCCCUUUCAGAGGCAAGCAGCAGCAGAGAAAGCUGGCUAUUCACUACGUCCACCUUCUUGGGCCAAAGACCUUAAAGUCAGCUGUUCAUCCUGAUGAAGAGCAGCUGAAGCAAGAGAAAAUGAGUAGAGUCAGAGCUCAAGCCUUCAAACUGGUGUGGGGGAACUAGACAACACUACCCACUCUCUCACUGUAGACGUGUUUCCUUCAGAUCUGCUAUGUGAAAUUUUGACCAGGUUUGUCAAGAGAAAUGGAGUUCUGCAUGGUUCUAUCAGUAGGUAAUUUGCUGGCAUUUCUAGCUCUGACCCACAUAGCUAUUUAUGCAUUAAUUUGUGUCCUAGAGAAAAUAGAGUUCAGUCAGGCUGUCACAUUAACUUCCCCAAAUCCAUCCUCUUAGUGCUAUGUCUUGAUUAGUUGCUUCUAGAUAAGUUUAAAAUUUUCCUGACAUAGUUUUAAUCAUGGAAUAUUUAAUUAAUGUCCCCACUAGGUGUGACACACUGUUCAAAUAUAAUUAUAUUCUGUUCUGAAGAAGGUAUUUGGAGAUUUGAAGCAGGAAGCAAAUCCAGAUCUUAGCUGGACAGGAUUAGUAUUGCAAAAUGGUUCCUUACUAAGUUUUAUGUAGGUGACCUCAUUGCUUCCCAUUAAACUGCCAAAUAGUUUUUUAAGGAAAUAAGUUUGCUCACCACUUAAUUUAAUCUGUGGAAUGAAUUGUCCAAGACUAAAGUGGGAUGUUCUUUGUAUACCCAGCUGUCUAUGGGCUUAGCUCACCCCACUUCCAAUUUUUAGCAUUUGACAGCAUUAUUAAGAUUUACACCUCUACCUCGAUAUAACGCAACCCGACAUAACACAAUUCGAAUAUAACGCGGUAAAGCAGCGCUCCGGGGGGCAGGGCUGCUUUACCUCGUUAUAUCUGAAUUUGUGUUACCGCAAGCGGUUCCUUUGCACCAGCAUUACUUGCUGAGACCCCCCUCCAUUCUGCCUCCUCCCAUGAGCACGCCACAGCUCCACUUCUUCCCCCCUCCCUCCCAGGCUUGCUGCACCAAUCAGUUGUUUGGCACGGCAAGCCUUGGAGGGAGGGAGGAGAAGCGAAGCUGCAGCACUCGUGGGAGGAGACAGAGGCAGAGUGGAGGUGAGCUGGGGCAAGGGUCUGCAGCAAGUGAGGGGUUGCUCUCUCAAGAUGUAGAAAGGCAUCUUGAUCUAAUUUAAAUUUAUAUACUGAGUUAUCUUCAGGAAGAGUCCAUGUCCAGCUAGUAGACAUUCCCUGAGGAAUUACACCAGUACAAAAUACACCUCUACUCCAAUAUAACACGGUCCUUGGGAGCCGAAAAAUCUCACCGUGUUAUAGAUGAGCCCGCGUUACAUCAGAGUAGGGAGAGGAACUGCUCCCCGCCCCAGCUCAUCUCCACCACCUCCUCCCCUGAGUGCGCUGCCACCGCUGCUCUGCUCCCCCCCACUCCACUUCCAGGCUUGCCAGGCCAAACAGCUGAUUGGUGCAAGCCUGGAAGGGAGAGAGAAGCAGAGCAAUGGCGGCACGCUCAGGGAGGAGGCAGAGUGGAAGUGAAUUCUACAGUAUUUUUAAACCCCUUCCAAAUGUUUUCUGUAAGUCUCUGUUAAGGUGCUGCAAAGUACUUUAGAACAUUCAAAGCAAAAUAUUCCACUACAGUCUCACUUCCUGAACUAUUACUUAACAGUGGUUUGGAUUUUGGAUAGCUAGGACUAGAAACUCCAAUUUUCUUUACCCUCUGUUGAUUCUGAAAAAAGAGGCAAUUUAGCAGUAUGAUGACCAUUCCAGAAAUAUAUCCAUUGUAUUUUUCCCCUACAUUAGCUCUCUCCCAGUGGUCAGAAAAGAAGAUUUUAUAUCUAUUCACUGGUGACUACCAUCAGGAUGGUUGGUUAUUCAAGACAAUUUCCCAGGAUAUGCAGGGUUUAUAACAAUGAUGGGCAACCUGCGGCCCAUCAGGGUAAUCUGAUAGCGAGCUGUGAGUGUAAAAGUGUUAUGAUGUGAGACAUAAUAUAAACAUGUAGCCAUAAAUCUCAAGUCCAGAUGAAAAAUUAGACAUCUUACACGAUAAGAGCUCAGGGUAGGAAGAACGGGGAACUAGAAGUGCAACAGUUACUGUGUACAAAACCAAUGCCAAUAGUUUCUCCAUUCAAGCAGCAAUUUAUGCACUAAGUACAUUUAAUGGAUUUAAGAAAUCCAUAGGCCAAAGCUAUGAACUUCUUUAAACGUUUUCCAAAAUAUCUUUCCUCAAGUGUCCUUCAUCAAAAUGUCUCUGUCUUAUAAACAAGGUGCAGUAAUUGUUGGUGGUUGCAGAUCUAUGAAAGAUGGGAGUAAUGCUAGGUCAUUUUGGUGGCCUUAACUGUAUCUUUUCAUAUGUUCUAGUAAUUGUGAACCUAAAAAUUCUCUGCCUUUCCAUCACUUGUGAUGUGUGUACUGUUUGUUUGACGACUACAUUAUUAAAGAUAUUCACAACAUU